AUGUCGGAAAAGAAGGAUAUAUGCCGUGAGGAUGUCGAGAAAUACUUGGAAGUCCACCAUGAAAUUGCUCAGGAGAUCUUCGCCGCGAAGGCGACCCCAGAGCUUGUUGAUGGUUGGCUCUCCAAACAUGCAGUUGGGCAUGUUGGAAAGAGUAUGUCCAGCCACGAAAUCGGCUCUUGGCCUGAUGUUUCUGCAUGUGCAUCAAGCUCAGACAAGCACAAAAUGCUGCAUUCACUACGGAAAAGUUUUGCAGGUGCUAGUGGGAGUUUGCGGAGCCUGUUGUCACCAAGGAAGAGGAAAGUGGUCAGGAGAAACAAAUCUGCACUACGCCAGCUGGACGAGAAAGAUUUGUUUAUGGAACUGAUUCGAGACAUAGCGGAUGAACUUGACCUGAACACACUUAGCCAUAAAAUUCUCAUGAAUGUAAGCAUCUUGACGAAUGGAGAUCGAUGCAGUCUGUUUCUAGCCCGAGGAAAUCGUGAGAAUCGCUACUUGGUCUCAAAGCUGUUUGACGUGACAGAGAAUUCAACAGUUGAGGAUGCCCUUCAUACUGAGGCAGAUGAGAUCCACAUACCAUGGGGUCAGGGCAUUGCAGGUCACGUGGCACAAACCAAGGAAACCAUCAACAUCAAAAAUGCAUAUGAGGAUCCUCGCUUUAAUCCAGAAGUUGACAAGCGAACUGGCUACCGCACUUACAGUAUUCUGUGUAUGCCAAUCAUCAACCACGAUGGAGAGGUGAUCGGAGUGGCUCAAGUCAUCAACAAGGUCUCAGGAUCUCAUGAGUUUACCAACAAAGAUGAAGAGGUCUUCAGGAAUUACCUGACAUUUUGCGGAAUUGGAAUCAUGAAUGCCCAGCUGUUUGAGAUGUCAGUCAACGAGUACAAACGCAAUCAGAUGUUACUGCAGCUGGCCCGUGGCAUCUUUGAGGAACAGACCUCCCUGGAGAGUGUCGUCCACAAGAUUAUGAAGGAGGCCAUCACGCUACUGAAGUGCGAACGCUGCUUGGUGUUUCUGCUGGAGGAUCAUGAUAAAUCGGCCUUUCCAAAUGCGCUCAAUGUAGGCCAGGGCCCCAAGAAGGCACUUGAAUCACCAGUCUCCAUCAAAAGCAAUGCAGAUCUCGACUUGACAAAGGAAUUCCACGCCGGUUUCAGCAAAGCCUUUGACCUCCAUUGCCAGAACAAGGAAGAGAUCAAACAGCCCAAUGACGAAGUGCUGAAAAAGUCUGUCUACUGCGAGAUCGCCAAAUACGUCUCUUUGACAGGAAAGAUCAUCAACAUUGAGAAGUUUGAAGUACAGACACAAUUCAAACUGGUCUGCGAAGCAGACAUGGACUUCAAGAUCCGCUCCCUGCUCUGUCAGCCGAUCUACAACAGCCAGAACAAAAUCGUUGGCGUAGCCGAGAUGAUCAACAAGACCGGGGCGUCCGUUAAUCUCAGCUUCACCGACCAAGAUGAGAAUCUGUUUGAGGCAUUUGCGAUCUUUUGCGGGCUGGGCAUCCACAAUACGCAGAUGUAUGAGAACGCAGUGAAGCUGAUGGCCAAGCAGCAGGUGGCGCUAGAGGUGCUUUCCUAUCACGCAACGGCACAGCAAGAUGAAGUAGAUAAACUCAAAACAGCCGGGCCAGUCGAGAAAUUAGGAAAGAUGAACCUUCAGAACUUUUCCUUCAGUGAUUUCUCCUUGCUGGAAGACGAAACUCUACAAGCUGCGAUCUGUAUGUUUGAAGAGUGCAAUCUCAUUAACAAAUUCCACGUCCCGUAUGACGUUUUAUGUCGUUGGCUGCUGAGCGUUCGCAAGAACUACCGCCCCGUCAUCUAUCAUAACUGGCGACAUGCGUUUAACGUAGCACAGACCAUGUUUGCGAUGUUUAAGUCAGGAGGAAUGAAUAACGUCAUGACAGAUCUGGAAUCAUUUGCACUCCUUGUUGCUUGUCUUUGUCAUGAUCUUGACCAUCGUGGCACGAACAACGCCUUCCAGCUCAAGACGUCAUCAGCACUGUCUCAGCUGUAUGGUACAUCCACUAUGGAGCAUCAUCACUUUGACCACUGCAUAAUGAUUCUCAACAGCGAGGGGAACAACAUCUUCCAGUUCCUUUCUCCUGAGGACUAUAGGGAAUUGAUACGAAUGCUGGAGAGUGCUAUACUCUCCACUGACUUGGCUUUGUACUUCAAGAAGCGUAAUGCAUUCUUCAAGUUGGUUGAACAGGGAGAGAAGGAUUGGCAGAAGCCGGUAAACAAAGACUUGCUCAGAGGGAUGAUGAUGACAGCCUGUGACGUGUCUGCCAUCACCAAACCAUGGGAGGUUCAGCGCAAGGUUGCUGAGCUUGUCGCAAGUGAGUUCUUUGAGCAAGGAGACAUGGAGAGAGAGCAGCUGAAAGAAGAACCUAUAGCAAUGAUGGACAGGAGGAAAAAGAGUGAACUUCCCAAGAUGCAAGUUGGAUUCAUCGAUGCAAUAUGCAUGCCGGUCUAUAAGAAUCUAGCCGAUUUGAUGCCACAAUUGGCACCGCUGUUCCAAGGGGUACAAAACAACCGCAGCCACUGGCAGACCCUGGCUGAAGGGGAGGCCGAGCGAAUUGCCCGAGAGGAAAAAGAGAUCCAGGAGAAAAAAAUGCAGAUUAAUGAAAGCAACAAGGGGAAAGAGCGUAAGGAUGAGAAAGUCUACCUAGCCAAGGAGGCGCAGGAGAAAGCCGAGGCAAACAAGCCUUCUUCCUCCAGGGACAACACUAAGAACCAGAAGAACUCCAUCGGGAGUAACACCAGCGGAGCAGGAGAGCACGGCCGCAUGAGCAACGUCGUCAGCAGCCAAUGCAAGGACGCCCUGGCCCCCAACAAGAAUAAAAGUAGCUUCUGUGCUCUGGUAUAGUCUUGAACUCCUUAAGAUAAUGUCACUGUCUGUGUGGCCGGCCUUCUUAUAAUAGUCCCACUGUUGUGAUGUCAUCCAUCUAUUAUACGGUUGGAGGUACAAGCCCUUUGAGAUAUCUGUGAGUUAAUAUUUUGUCUUAAUAAUUGGCACACUAUUGUUUUCAAAGAGCCCUCUAGAAACACAUUCUGGGGACCGCCAAGUAGAUGGUUGAUUUUUCCUAACGGUCUCGAAUCCUCCAAAAUCCUACCCUAGAAAUCUUCUGACUUUUGUAAAAUAUUUGGGGACUGCCAAAAAGAUGUUUUGCAAGGUUUGAUUUCUUUUUAACGGUCCCAAAUGCUUCAAAAUCCUACUUAAGAAAUCGUCUAACUUCUUUAAGAUACGGUGCGACAGCCCCUUAGGGUCUACCAAUUCAAAAAUCCUACUCAAGAAACUGUCUUAAGCUCCAGCCAUCGAUUUCACCAAACUCUUCUUAACUUAGGAUUAAUCUUAGGACGAGUAAAGUUUUGUAGGAAGCAUUGAACCCAUCCUAAGUUAGUGAAAUCAGCUGCAGGGCAUACCAACUUUAUCUAGUCCAGAUACUUGGUUGUUGAGUGGCCAUAUAGUGGAGGAUUUUUGAGGAUUGUUAGGGAUCACUAGCCAAAGACACUAGGGAGUUACAGAUUAAAAUAGUAUGUGUUAAAAUGUGCUACUUAAGGGAAAAAUCUGCAGGAAACAUUGAUGUUUUGUUUUUGGGGGGUGGGGACAAUUUCAGCUUCUACUAUUGUAUUCAAGCACAGUAUUCAAAGUUUAUGGACAGGGAUUAUUUUAAAUUAUUUCUUUUCUUAAUCUCUUAAUCAGCAUUGGAAUUAGAAGUUUCACUUAUCUUAUUAUUUUAUCUGUAAUAUCAGAUUAAGCUCUUUCAGAGGAUCAGCACUUGUUUUUGAUGACUUGUAACCGUUGCCUGUUAAACAAUAGUCUUCUCAAACGAGAUCUAUAUUUAAUUAGAUAAUGCCCCCUUUUUAAUCAUUCACAUUGCUAUUUCCAUCCUGAUUCUUGCAUCUUCUAUCAAUAUUUCCCACACUUUCUCUCAUUGGAUUGUACUAAUUAGGGAAACCUUGUAUAUUUUUAACAGUGAACACAACAUACUCGUUGUGUGUGCAAUAAACACAAUGUAAUCAGGGGGCAUUAAAAAUAAACAAUGAGGUGUUUUUAAGUUUCUUUUUAUGCAAAAUAUUGUACAUUAUUAAAGCAUAUUCAAGACCUGUACACUAAAAAUUAAAAUUGUGUUAUUUUCUGAGUUGUGUUAAUAGCAUGUUAUGUUAAUGUUUUAUUAAUUUAUUGGACAUUUACCCACGAUGUAGAUUUGAUUGAUUUUUACAAUAUUUUAAUUUGUGCCAAAAAUCUUAUGCUUGCCAUAAAUUUUAAAAAUUAAAAAUGACGGGUCUGUGAGAAUGAGGUUAUAAUACCGUCUUUUUUAAUUGCAAUAAUUUUGGCAUUGAGUUUAAAUAAGUCUGUUUCAACUACAAGAAGGUCAUGGACAGUUGAAUCUUAAUAUUAUCUUGCAAUUGUACUUAAAUAAAAUUCUACCCCAAAAGACUAUUUCUCUGCCCGGGGCAUGUACAUAAAUGAAGGUCUAACUAAUUUAGGCCAUAAGGUUGGAGGGGAGGGGAGGGCGGGGGAAUUGAGGGAGCAGGAAAAAACCUUCAGAGUUAGAAGCCGGGAGCUGGAUGGUUGAAUUAAUUUAGCCAUGUGCUUUGGCUUGCUUCCCUGUGUUGCGUUCAAGACUUUCUCAGGGUUCAGUGUUUAAACUCAAUGUAAAUAGUGUUAUAUACAAAAUAGAGAUAUUUCAGCAUAUGUAAACUAGUUGGAUUUUGUGUUCCGUUUCAGAGAUAUUAUAAAAAAAUGUUGGAGUUUUUAUGAAUUUUAUUUGACGAGUUUAGUCUUUCAAGAUAGUGUUGGGUUGGAGAACAAAAACUAUUGUCUUUGAGAUUCCACAGAAAAUACAAAAAAUUAAAAACAGGGUUUACCAAAAGGAAACUGAUAGACUGGUUCUGGUUUGGUGACUCUUAAGACGGAAUCAGUAUGAGAUGAGGUACUAGACAGGUGUUUUGGCUGCCUAUAUAGUACACAGUUCUAAACCCACUUCUAGCUGAAAGAUUGCAGCUCAGGGUGUUUUUGAAGCACUUUUAAUUAUAAAUCAAUUUAAAGUAUUUAGCUUUGUUUAACAAAGACCGUGUUAAGAAGUGUCAACAUUAUAUUAUAGUACUUUCAAUUUUAAAUUUUGUACUAGCAGCUUUUCAGAGUUUAGUGAGUAAUCGCUUUAAAUAUAUAUUGAAAUUUUAAAAAGAGAGUUUAACUACCAAGUGAUUUAUGCAUUAAAUAGAAAUUAUUUCAAUAUUUCACCAGAUUUGAUGUGCACAAAAAAAAAUUAACCGGCAAUGCUAGCUAAGAGAGUGUAUGUAUAAUGUAUAGAGAAUGCACACCCCUUAUAUGAGCAGUGGUAUCUUCCAAAGCACAUGUAUAGGUAGGCAAAGCCGGAAGACAAUAUUAAAAAAACAGGUAAAUUUAAUGUUGAUGUGUUAAUAUCUUAUGCAAGUUUUGUUACUUGGGUCUGACAGAAAAUAGUUUAUAUAUCAAAAUCGGCUCAGUGGUUAUUGCUUUCAAAUUUCAGUAGAAAAGGCAAAUUUAUUUCUCAUUUUGCUAAGCUACUGAUUCAAUGUAAACCAAUACCACCCAGGCAAAUUUCCUUUCAAAUUAAAAGUACUUGAUGUAAAAACACAUAAACAAAAUGGUAAUUAGGUGUAAUAGAAAUGUACCAUUUUAGCACAAAAGUACUCAAGUUAGAAGAAAAAGAAAACGGCAUUUCUUCUUCUUUUGGGGUAAUAACGAACAGAACUAACAUAAGAACUUGUUUUCAGUAUGUUCUCAUUUCAAUACUCGACUGGUUCUUUUGGCCGUAAGGUAUUGUUUUCAAGAUACAAUUUAUUGAUUUGGUUUUUACUUUGAUGUUUUCUCAUGAAAGUACUCUAACUCACCUUGUGUGGGAGUUUGAUAUUGGUUAUUUGGGAAGAUAGUUCCAAUCGGGGUAGAAGUAUAUCCAAAUUUGUGAUAGUUCAACUCUGAUCCAGUGAGCUACAUGUAUACAAAUGUUAAAGGUAUUGUCCUCAAAAGGAUACACAAUUAUAUCUGAUUUGGGAGAUAAUGGUUUGAAACAGGGUAGAAUUAUACUUGAAUCAGGAUAGAAUUAUACCUAAAUCGGGAUAGUUUGGCUGAAACCCGUUGAUAAUUGUUAGCUUAUUAAUUCAGACUCUCACGAGAACCCUGUGUGGUUAUUCAUCCUAUUUUUGUCACAGAAAAUAAGCAGAAGAGCAUAAACAAUUUAGAGUUGUUGACACAAAACUCGUGAUCUGGCGAUAUUUUCCAGUCACUUGCCAAAUUAAUCACAAGGGACUGGUCAGUAUUAUUCUUCAGGUGUGCCGUUUUAUUUUCCAGUAUUGUACGUUUAGACAAUUGUAUUAUUAGCAGCUGGCACCGUUUGAAUGAGAGAGGAGGAAAGUUGUUGUUUAUGUUUACUAUUGUUAAUUUGUUGAGUUAUCCUACUGCCCUGUUCAAGCAAAUUAGUUCCAGAGGCUUCACAAGACAUUAGGGUGAAAUGGAGAGGGGACAAAAAUGGGGUCCAAACUGGAUUCUCAUGCUCAGAUGCAAACAGAAAUUAAGUUUUUGUCUAGAGACUAAAUUCGAACGGCUGAGUACAGUGUAGCAUGAAAUAAGCUCUAGGCCCAUAUUCAUAAAGCUGUUUGGCAAAAAAAUACUGCUUGGCAAAUGUUUUUGCUAAGCAAAAACUGAGUGGGGGACCAGCCUCAACAAACAAUGCAAACUUUAUGUAAUUUUGGCUGACACGUGUUUCUGCUAAGCAAUACUUUUCAGUGCUUAGCAAGUUUUGUGCUUACAGGCUUUAUAAAAGUGGGCCCUGUUGACAAGAGAGAGAUUCAAAAACUUAGCAACUGAAUUUAAAAAAAAAAGUGACUUCUUUCAGUUUUAGCGAGGGUAUCUGUCAAUUUGUGGCGUUAAAGUUAAAAUCUAUUUUAUUAAUAAAAAGUAUUUUUUAGGAAGCCUUGGCUCAAUGUUCACAUUUUCAGUAGUAUUGUUAGCUCUAAUUUUCUUGAUUAGUUCUCACAAGUUCUCAAUGAAUGAUUACAGGAGGUUGUGGCAGUGUUUGUGUUUAUUAUUGUAAAGAGAAUGAAUGAAAAGUCAGCGAAUCUGGAUUUGUCUUUUAAAAAAACAAUCGUUUGUAAAAUUGCAGGUGUAAGUUUUGCCUAGCUAAUUCAACUUGUGUUCAUUAAGAAAAAUAUUUUAAGCUGAGAUUAAGUGAUUGAUGACAAGUUGUAAAUUUGCAAGGUUUGAAAUAGACAGGUGUCUGGACUGGUGAGGGUCAAAGGUCAUAGGUUUUAACCUCUGACCUUCACCUUAAAAAAUAUGCUUUGGAUAAAUGACGCCAAUGUGUUUAACAAAUCUUGUUAUGAAUCUGUUUAGAGUAUCUAAGAGAAAAUGGUUUACUGAGUGUGACCCCUUUCCCAUUCUUGGUCAGUUCAAACCUCUCCUGCCCCAAAUCAAGGCCUACCUUUCUGCAUUGGCCUGCCCCCUAAACCAUCACCUCCCGAAUCCAUCACAUCCCCUUUUAUCGCAUUCAGUUCAUGCACCUUGGUAGCAGUCUUAGGACACACACUGUAGAGUCAGCCAGCACACAUCAGAGACUUACAAUCUCGGCUAUAAAAAAAAAAUUACUAAUUUGUUUUUCAGAAUAAAGGACACUUGAAAUUUGAAAUCCAACUAACUCCUUGAUACUACUUUGCACUGAUGAUUCAAAUAAUAAGCAUUGGUUUUCUUUGUUUUAAGUUGCUGAUAAAGUACAAGGAACAUGAAGUAACUAUCAAAGAUUGUAUUGUUUCUAGUAUUUACUCAAAUCCUUUUAUUCCAUCCAUUAAUUAACUUCACCGAGUUGCAAUAUUAUUACUGCCACAUAGUUGCAAUAAACUGUUGAUUAAUA